CACCGAACCUACGACAAAGAAAAAGCCGCACUACAAGAAACACCAAAUUGGACGACACCAGAAACAAAAAACCACCAAACCGGAUGACACCAACGACGAAAGAAGAAAGCACGCUGCAAAGAAUACCGAAUGGGAGGCACUAGGGACGGAAAAGAAACACUGA